CGUGACGUCACUUCCUCCAUUAACGUACCAACAUGGACGCCGCUGAGGAAAUAAGUAAAGCAGAAGAGUUUUCUGAUAAAAAUGCCUCUAAAAUCCAUGAGCGGAUCGUGAAGCGGCAGCAGCUGCUGGCGGAAGGCGCAGAGCGGAGGAAGGAGGCCCGGCAGAAGCAGACUGUGGCCGGGGAGAGGAGCGAGGUUUUCCUGGAAGCCUUCAACGCGGAGCGAGCCGGCCUGGAGCAGCUCCUCAGCGGCUGCUUGGGAGCGGAGCGGACCGCGGUGACCCGGGACCUGGAGGAGGCGGCCGCAAAGAUGGCGGAGCUGCAGAAGCUCCUGAACGACAGCAUGAUGUUUCUGAAUCAGUAUGAGAUCCGGGUCGCUCAGAGCGCCCUGCAGAAGCUGCAGGCAUCACUGAGCGAGAGCAGGGAGCAGGCCAUGCCCAAGAAGAAGUUCAACUUCAGGUCGAGGAGCAAAGCUGCUGAGAAGAACUCUGCUCCUCCUCCUGCUGCUCCUCCUGCUGUGACUGAGGCGGAUGGAGCAGCUGCCGCCUCCCAGCAGCCUGACUUCUCCCACAUCAGCGACCAGCUCCUAGAAAAGACUUCAGAGGAGAUCCAAAGCCGAGACGUUCUGCUGACUCAUCUGACCAACUGCAAGGUCCGCCUGUACGGUUCUCCCAGCACGCUUCACCUGAAGCACCUCCACGGCUGUGAGGUCCUGUGCGGCCCCGUAGCCACCUCCGUGUUCGUGGACCACUGCACCAACAGCGUCCUGGCCUUCCCCUGCCAGCAGCUGAGGACGCACAACACCAGCGACACCCAGGUGUACCUGCACGUCACCAGCCGGGCCAUCAUCGAGGACUGCCGGGGGGUGGGCUUCGCCCCAUUCUCCUGGUCGUACCCCACCCUGGAUCAGGACUUCUCUUCCUCUGGCCUGGACCCAAACAGGAACAACUGGAGCCAGGUGGAUGACUUCAACUGGCUGGCUGCUGGGACGCCCUCCCCCAACUGGACCGUCAUCCCAGAAGCAGACAGGAAGACCACCUGGGACCCUUAAAGUCUUUCUGUGUCCGCAUGUUCAUCUACGCUCCUUAUUCAGUGGUUAUAGAAACAAAUGUUUCGGCUUAAAUCGAUUGGAGGAAAAAGUGCAUCACCUAAAUAGAAACACUGUGAAUAUUUAUUCCUUAAAUAAAGCUUCUUCCUCAACUUUACUCCCAUCCGUACGGAUCAACUGAUGCACCUAUUUUAAGGCCGAUACCGAUACCUAUUAUUCUGGCAUCCAUCUUAACUGAUCUUUGAAGCUGAUGUUUUUUUUGUACCUCAAUUUACAUUAAAAAAUUACACAACAUUUAAAAAA